GGUGCCGGAGCGGCGGCGUCAUGGAGGCGGCGGAGGCCGGGACCCGGGGGGCCGCAGCGCGGCGGCCACGGGCGCCGGCGACCCUGAAGGAGCAGCGGGAUCCGAGGCACGGCAGGCGGCUUCGGCGGAGGAGAAUUGAAGAGAAUCAAGAAGCAGCAGUCUUUCGAGAAGUGGUCAGUUUUAGCCCAGACCCUUUGCCAGUUAGAUAUUAUGACAAGGACACCACCAGGCCCAUCAGCUUUUACUUCUCUUCUCUGGAGGAACUCUUGGCGUGGGCGCCUGACGCGGAGGACGGCUUCAAUGUGGCCUUGGGGCCCCCCGAGUGUCGGCAGCCCCCCUUGAGCAGCCGGAGGCCCCGGACCCUGUUGUGCCAUGAUAUGAUGGGCGGGUACCUGGAUGACAAGUUUAUUCAAGGCUCAGCCGCCCAGAGUCCCUAUUCCUUCUACCACUGGCAGUACAUCGAUGUCUUUGUGUACUUCAGCCACCACCUGGUCACCAUCCCCCCUGUGGGCUGGACCAACGCUGCCCACAGGCAUGGGGUCUGCGUGCUGGGGACUUUCAUCACCGAGUGGAAAGAGGGGGAGCGGCUCUGCGAGGCCUUCCUGGCCGGGGACGAGCGCUCGUACCGGGCGGUGGCCGAUCAGCUGGUCCGGAUCGCUCAGUUUUUCCGAUUCGAGGGCUGGCUGAUCAACGUCGAGAACGCUUUGAGUCUGGCCGCUGUGGGGAACGUGCCCCGCUUCCUGCAGUACCUGACCGCUCGGCUGCAUCAGCAGGUCCCCGGGGGGCUGGUGCUCUGGUAUGACAGCGUCGUGAGCAGCGGGCAGCUCAAAUGGCAGGAUGAGCUCAACGAGCAGAACAGGGUCUUCUUCGAUUCCUGCGACGGCUUCUUCACUAACUAUAACUGGCGGGAGGCGCAUCUGGAGCGGAUGCUGGGGCAGGCCGGGGAGCGUCGGGCCGACGUGUAUGUGGGAGUGGAUGUGUUCGCCCGGGGGAGCGUCGUCGGGGGCCGGUUCGACACGGACAAGUCGCUGGAGCUGAUCCGGAAGCACGGGUUCUCGGCAGCUCUGUUUGCGCCUGGCUGGGUGUAUGAGUGCUUGGAGAAGGGGGAUUUCUUCCAGAACCAGGACAAGUUCUGGAGUUUGCUGGAACGCUACCUGCCCACACACAGCAUCUGCUCCUUGCCCUUUGUCACUUCCUUCUGCCUGGGUAUGGGGACCCGAAGAGUCUGCUAUGGCCAGGAGGAGGCGGUGGGGCCCUGGUACCACCCGAGUGCCCAGGAAAUCCAGCCCCUGUUUGGAGAGCACAGGCUGGAAGAGGACGGACGGGGCUGGGUGAAGACGCGCUGCUGUCUGGCAGAUGCCUGGCACGGGGGCAGCUCUCUGCUCAUCCGGGGGCUGAUUCCGCCCGAGGUUGGGGAUGUGGCUGUGAGGCUCUUCUCUCUGGAGGUCCCAGUGCCACCCAAGAUUUUCCUGUCCAUGGUGUACAAGCUCGAAGGGCCUUCGGCUGUGGGGGUGGCUCUGGAGCUCACCACAGGCGACGCAGGCAGCUGUCACGUGGGAGGCAUCUCGGCGCUGACCGAAAGGAGCUCAAGGCGCAGUCCCCGACCCCUCCGGGUGCCCCCGACCAAGCUGGCCAGAUGGGUGGGCCGCUGUGGUCAGCGGCUCAGCGGGGGCUGGGUCCAGCGCUGCUACGAGGUGAGUCUGCGGGGCUGCCUCUUGCGGGACCUCUUCGUUAGAUUCUCCCGGCCUCCGGGCAGCCAGGAGGAAGAGAACUUCACCUGUCGCCUUGGGGAGAUCCAGGUGGUGGAUGCCAAUAGCCUGCUGACUCCGCUGCCCCAGGUGCAGGCUGUGACCGUCUCUCAUGUGCGCUGGCGGCCGGCCACCUCCGACGGGGAGGGCGGCCGCACUGGGCUCCGGCUCAGCUGUACUCUGCACUGGGCCUACCUCCUCCCCCGUGUCCGGGGCUUCCGGAUCCACUGCUGCCCGGGGACAGGGGGCGGUGCUCCCGGAGGAGGGCCAUCGGAGCCAGAGAAGCCCACGCUGCUGGGCCUGGCUUUUGUCAACCGGUAUCGGAUAGUGGACCUGGUGGUGGCAGCCGCAGAGCCCGGCCGGGAUGGGCGAGUGGAGUUCCUGGUGGAGCCUGUCCCCAAGGAGGGGUUCCUGGUGCCGCGGGCCCAGUGGGGCAGGGCGGCCAUGCUCUACUCCACGCCCCGCACGUGAGCAGAAUUACAGCACAGCGUCUCCUGUCUCGAGCUGAGGCCCCCACUGUGUGCGGGGAAGACGUGGGUCCUGAGGGCUGGGCUCAGGAGAGGAAAACUGAGAAGCCGUAAUUCCCAGGGGUGAAUCCCCUGCUUUUUGUCUAAUCCCUUUCUGUAGUGUCUACUCCACAGAUACAUGGGAAAGGAUUUGGAAAAGCUUAGUCCAGAAAAUUCCAUAAAGGGUAUUUCCUAACAGGCCAAGACG